GAUGGGGUUUGGAGGGUUUCGCAAGCGUCGCAACGUGGACGGCGCUACGACGGUUUCGUCUGCAUUGUGGUGAUUGUGGCAUUGACAUGGAAUGUGGCGUUGUUUUUAAACGACAAACUAGAGAAUCGAAACAUGGUAAGCCCUAUUUUGAAGAUGAUCGGAUACACAGUGGUCACCUCACGGGUGGCAAGUCUUUUUGAGGCCAAAGACCGUAGCGGUUAUCGACUUGGAACGCAAAAUGUUUCUCUGAUGGCCCUGGACAUUGCUAUCUCGUCGAAGCUGAUAAUUUGACACCCGCCCCCUUCCUGACAUCGAAAACGCUUUGGUGAUAAGCAACAAUGUCGCCGAUCGAAUGGCUGUCAGCAACCGCGGGCAAGGUCGUGUUCGGAACAACCACGGCCCUUUGCGGCCUGGCGGCGCUGCUCUUUGGAAUAUUUGCCUACAACCGCCUGACCUUGGGACGAUGCAAGAGCAAAAACAGGAUGGAUGGCAAGACUGUGGUGAUCACGGGUGCAAACACCGGCAUCGGCUAUGAGACGGCCAAAGAGCUGGCGUCUAGGGGUGCCAGGGUCAUCUUGGGGUGCCGCAACGCCCAGAAAGCAGAAGCUGCCGUCAACCAGCUAGUUGCCGACACCAGGAACUCUAACAUUUCGUGGAAACUGCUGGACACGUCGUCGAUGGAGUCCGUGCGGGCAUUUGCUAUGGAGGUCCUCAAGGCCACGGAUAGCAUCCACGUCCUCAUCAACAAUGCUGGGAUCGCAGGACCGAAGGAAAGAUGUGUCACGGAGGAGGGACUUGAAGUCACCUUUGCCACCAACUAUUUGGGACACUUUUUGCUCACAAACCUGUUGCUCCCCGUGCUCAAGAGCAGCUCUCCGUCACGCAUUAUAAGCCUGUCCUCUGUGGCCUACAUGUUUGGAAACAUAGACUUCGCCGAUCUUCAGUCAAUGUCGGGGAAGUUUGUUACUGGGAAGGUGUACAGCAACUCCAAACUGGCCACCGUGCUUUUCACGACGGAACUGGCACGGCGACUCGAUGGCACUGGUGUGACGGCCAACGUGCUUCACCCUGGUGUUGUGAACACGCCGCUCUCCCGUUCACUCAUGAAGGUCGGGGAGCCAGUGUUCAGCAUCCUGUCCACUAUAUUUGGAGUUAAGAGCCUCGUCGAAGGCGCGCAGACGUCCAUUCAUCUUGCUGUAGCAGACGAGGUGUCCGACGUCAGCGGGGCUUACUUUGUGGACUGCAAACCCAAGGCGCUCUCCGGCCGAGGCAGGGAUCCCAUGGCGGCCACCAAACUUUGGGAGGCUAGUUGUCGACUUGUAGGGAUGGAGGCUCGAGACCCCGUCUCCUAAGCCGACCCAAGCCAGAAUUGCACGACGUAUCGAUACGGAGCAACGCUGCCUGGCCUAGGCGGCCAGUUUGAAAAAUUUCGGAGAACUUUUGAAGCGGAAGAGCUAAAAAUUGGAGUGCUUAAUUCGUCUUGUUUUUCUUACUGCACUGUCUGCUAAAGGUAACGAAUAAUGGUUAAGGGAGAAGAAGUUGAAGAAAUUAUACAGACAAACUUGUAGAUGUCCACAAUGAAACAUACCAUAUUUUCCGGACUAUAGUUUGUGCCUGGUGCAUUGUCUGUACAUAAAAAUUUUCAUAUACAGAACUCCAUAAAACAUGCGUGCUUUACCGAUGCAUUGUGAAGCCGUAUCACACAGAAAAUUUUUCUAAACAUAAUUUGUCAUUCACAAAAUCACCUACUGCUCAUAAUCAAUGUUUGUGUAUAGUCUCAACUGUAGAUAAUUUGCACCGCAUAAAAUUUGAACUUUUUUAAGUCCGAAAAAUAUUGUACCCGCCAAGUAGUGUUUGAAACUUGAUUUGGACUGAACAAAUGACUAGUGAACACAAACCAUUGUGCCUCAUAGGUCCUAAUUUGUAUGUGCUAUUUUUUAUGUACACUGCAUUACUGCCUUUAUUUGUGAUGUACCUAAGUGUGCCAUUUUCCCACUUAUGACAGUGUGGAAGCAAGAGUUUGUGGUACCAAAAAUGCCGGAGUUACUCCUUCUGUGCCUUGUAACCUAAUGUUAAUGUUAUGGUUAGAGAAGCCAAAGAAAUUCAACAGGUAAGUUUGUAAAUGUGCUCAAGACCUGGUUUUGUCGGCUCAGGUACUUAACAAAUUACUUCCACAUGCAAGCCAUUGUACCUGGUUGACCCUAACUACUUGUAUGUGCCAAUAUUUACAUGCGCUACAUUACUGUCUUUAUUUGUAAUGUAGAAGCAUACCACUCUUCCACUUGGGGCAACAAAGGAGUAUGUGUGGUGUCAGAAAUGUCAGUCAUUCCUCCUGUGCCUUUUUCUGUAGCUCAGUUUUAUGGAUACAGAACCCCAAGAAAUUAUACAGGUGAGCUUGUAGAUGUUCUUGGUGAAGAGAAGAAAGAGGAAGGACCUGCAGAGGUGUGUCUAAAACUGUGUUUUGUCUACCUUGGGGUCUAAACGUGUGACUUACACACACAGUUCACCAUACAUGGUUGGCCCUAACUACUUAGACAUACUAUAAUGUAUGUGUCCUACAUUACUGCCUUUAUCUGUAAUGUAGAAGUGUGCCACUGCAUCUACUACUGACAGCAGUGUGGCAAGAAGGGAGUUUUUGUUUUAUCAAAAAUGCCAGUUUUCCUUACUCUGCCUUCCUACUGCAUCUACAUUAUAGAACAAACUGCAUUGAUCUUAGACUUCUAGUGUGCUAUAUUUUUGUAUUUAGUGAUUGUCAUACUUUGUUGUCAAACAGAAAAAAGUAUUUCUGAUGUAGAACAGAUAAAUGGGCUAGAAUGGAAAGCGCCGAAUAAACAAGGACGAAGAAGGGGACAGAGACAAGGCACACUCUCAGCUGAAGGUUUAUUGAAAGAAACUGACUAUUAAUACCGUCUAUCUGGACGUUGGCCUAGUGCGCCGUCACUGCACUUGAUGGAUAAGGAGUUUUUCUUUCUAAGCCAACAGCCAGAUAGACGGUAUUAAUAUAGUCGGUGGUUGUUUCAAUAAACCUUCGGUUGAGAGUGCGCUUCGUUUCUGUCCCCUUCCUCGUCCUUGUUUAUUUGGUGCCUUCCAUUCAGUAUUUCUGAUGUCAAAGGUGCCAGACUUAACCCAACUGUGCCUUUUUGCAGUGCCUACAUCAUCGAAAAA